CCAGCACUCCGGAAUCAAAGGCUUGAAGGCUUUUAUAUAUAUAUAAAGCUAAGGACAUGGAUGCUAGAUCUCUAUCUGUUAUUCCUGAAGCUUGUCCUUUCUGCAGUGAAAGAGAGAUGCAGAAAAGAAUUCACAAUCCUCAAUGAUGAUGCAGAGAAUCUUCCCGAUGCAUUACCUGUAUACUACAAGCGAGAUUUGAAAAGCCUAAAAAACAAAAUUGAAACUCACGAAGCUAGAUGUCGCAUUUGCAUACAAAGAAAACGUAUUGUGUGCACAGCUGUUGCUGUUUGCAGUUCCUGUAAUUUUCUUUGUAAGGAGUGUAUACACGAGCAUAAAAGUCAAUACCCAGACCACGAAAUAGUGUCGCUGCUAGAGUUGUCACAAUCUGAUAGUGAUGUAAUGCAUCAUGGCCUUCUCAAACGACAACGAAGUAGGAGCUUCACUCAAAAAGCAAGAUGUAGUAUUCCCAGUCAUUUCAGAGAGCCUGCACAGCAGUACUGCCUUGAUUGCCGGAUAUUUGUGUGCGCAAAGUGUGAAGAAGUACACUCCAGUCAUACCCUGAUGGAAAUGCAACAAGCUGCACAGGUAUGUAAGCAAAGCCUCAUUGAUAAAAUACCUAAUGUCCGUGUUGUCCAUAAACGAGUGGCAGGAGCAUCACGUGACGUCCAAAUUACUAAAACCUCUAUUGAUGAUCAGGAAGCAGUUUUAAGAAGUUCAAUUGAGCAUGCAUUCACUAAACUACUCAAGAUCCUCGAUCGAAGAAAGCAGGAAAUGAUUUCAAGACUUUCUGAUAUCUCUAACGAAAAGAUUAAAAGAUUAAGAGAUCAAGAAGAUGAACUUACGAGACUGGCAGCCGAAUUUGAAAGACUUGAACAAUAUAUCGAAUCAACGGUAAAUAUGUCAACAGAUUAUGAGUUGUUACAUAGCUACAAAUUCAUUGAGGAGCAGUCACACAGUACACAACAAAAGGGUUCUAAGCUUCCUAUUCAACCGGUUGAAGCAGCAAACAUUGCUCUGAAAAAUAGCAGCGAAUCCCACCUCCGCGACCUCAGUUUAAAACAUCUGAAUAUUUUUGUUGAGCAAGCGAAUGCCAGCUCAUGUACUGCAGAAGGAGCUGGGCUUAAAAUAGCUGAAACAGAAAAGUUUGCUCGUUUUUCCAUUAAAGUUGUUGACAAGAAUCAUGAGCCGUGUUCAUGGAUUCAAAACGUUACCGCUACACUUAAGUGCGUCGAUAACGAUUUCUCCUUAUCUACCGAAAUCGUAGAGAGCAGCACAAACACGUAUGAGGCUUGCUAUAGCCCUCAAUUCCGUGGAGCACAUAAGCUAUCUGUUUUUGUGAACGGCAACCCGAUUACUGGUAGUCCAUUCUCCGUAGAUGUGACGAAACCACUGAUAGAACUUGGGAAAUCACAGGGAACAAUGUAUGGUGUAACAGGGCCGCGUGGAAUUGUUGUGAACAAGUUAAAUAACAUUCUUGUCUGUGAGUGGAAUGGCCACAAAAUAGUGGAAGUAGACAAACUCGGGAGGCAGAUUUGCGAGUUCGGAAAAGGUGAGGUACAUCACCCAGCUAGCAUUGCUGUUGCAGAGGACGGUAGCAUGUUCAUCACCGAUGCAGCAGGAAAAGAAUGCUGUCUAGCAAAGUACGGUGAGGAUGGACGCUUGCUAAAAAAAAUUGGGGCCGAGGGAAAGAAGGUAUGUGAAUUUUUAAACCCUCGGGGUGUUCGAAUCAGAGAAAAUAAAGAGGUGUGGGUUUGCGAUCGAGACAACCAUCGAAUACAGAUAUUUAGUUUAAGCCUCGCUUUUCUGCGCACUUUUGAUAUCAGUCAAAUUGAUUCACAUCUGGAGCAAAAGCCAAAACCAAAUGACGUAAUUUUCAAUAAAUCAGGAAAUUUUUACAUCACUGAUUUUGGUAACCACUGCAUUCUUUGUUUCAGUGCAUCUGGAGAUUACCGUUUUAGUUUUUCGGGUAAUCACACAAUGAACCAAAUACUGCACGGUCCAGAGUGCAUUGCCACAGAUAGAGAUGAAAAUCUAUAUGUAACUGAAACUGGAAAUCACUGUGUGUCGAUAUUUAAACCAACUGGUGAACUCAUUCGAACAUUUGGGACUCUGGGCAAGAAUGAGGGCGAAUUGAAAUUUCCAAUGGGUAUUCUUGUAGACAAAAAUGGUAGUGUCUUUGUAGCAGAGUUAUUAAAUAACCGUAUACAAAUAUUUUAGUUUUUGUCAUUAAAUUUUGGCAACCAUGAUAAAAUCUUUUUUCUCCCUUUAGUA